CCCCCCCCCCCCCAUCACCACCGUCACACCAAUUGCGCCAAGAUGUCCGUUCUCCACCAUGGGGGAGGUUUCCUCCAGCGGCGUCUCACCAAAAUGUAUACCGAUACAAAGACCUCCUGUGAGAGUGUCACCACGGCUUCCAAGGCGGUCGACGACCCGGAACUCGUCGCGUUGCAUCGGAGCUUCCGGACCCAGCGCGAUCGACUCCUCGCAUGGGGUUUGGACUGGAGUGACGCCAGCGCCGCUCAGCCGCAUGAUAUCGACGAGUCUCUAACCCAAGCUGGCUAUAGCGACGUCGUCGCCAGCGUCAUGUCGAGUAUCCAAGAACAACUCAAUGAAGCGGAGCGUCUCCAGCACACGGGAGCCUCGGGCUUGCCCCCGAAGGGCGCCGGAGCGGACACUGCUUCCAAAGAUGUACUCAGCAGUCUGCCCGCAAAGACCCACUGGACGGACGACGACAUUAACCACUCCAAGUCGAUCCUUGCGGACCUGACGGCCUGUAUCGACACCCUUUAUGACCUCUCGAGUUCGCGCCGGAGUGCGCAUGGGGCACAGGCAGCCGCGAGAAGUCGGUCGUGGGCGGACGAAACAGGCCACUCGGACUUCAAGCACCGACGCCCGUCUCAUCAGGACAGCUUUGACUACUCGCCUUUCUCGGAGAAAUCUGGAUUGCAUUCGCCCGGUAUCGAUCCGGCCAAAUUCAAGAUGGCGUCCAUGAAUUACAUCAUCGAUCGCUCAGCCUUGCAACUGUCCGGCGCAUCGCACGAUAACAAUCCGCCCCCUUAUGAAAUGGUCGCCGCGUCUUCAAAUUCCCGGGCCAUCGGUCGUAUGAGCACCGCGGCUUCUCCUCUUCUGAGCGGCACCAAGGAUUCAACUGCGACCAUCUUGGUGGAAUUUACGCCGAUGAUGUUGGAGACUUCUGGGAGCUACACCGCUCCCGUGAACAAGCGGCUGGAUCGGGUGCAGCAGACUCUGGAUCAACUUGUGCAAAAUUCCCGGGUGUCUCAUUUGGGCCUGUUGAGGUUCUUGGGCUACUACGUCGACAUGGCAAACUCCCGCUACGCUUUCAUCUACCAAAUGCCUAUCGAUUACUUCCCUUUUCUCCGAAAUCCUACGGAUCUUUUGAAGGGUUUGAAGCCCAAGCCUCUGGUUUCCCUCUUUCAAGUCGGAGACGACUAUCAAGUCCCGACUUUGGAGACCCGAUUCCGGCUGGCUUACGACCUUUUAAUGGCGGUUUUGCAGCUACGGAGUCAGAACCUGGUUCAUGGCAACAUCAACAGCAGCAACGUACUGAUAUUUCCUGGCUUGACGAAUACAAACAGCGACGAAGUAGGUCUCACGGAGAACCUGCGGCGUCCCUACCUGACUUCGUUCGCUCAAUUCCCCGGCAACGGCCCGACUCCGGAACCCUUGUCAUCGAGUAUGUAUCGUCAUCCCGACGAUAGGAGGCUGAUCGAUGAUGAUGCAUCCUGGGCCUUUGAUCUCUAUUCUCUGGGUCUCGUGCUUCUCGAGAUCGGACUGUGGACGCCCAUCAGCCGUCUCUGGAAAAUGAAGUACAACAUGUCCAUGUUCAAACAGAGGAUCGAGAAUGUGUAUCUGCAGAAAUUGGGUCCCAAGUGUGGCAGCGCAUACCUCCACGUGGUCCAACUAUGUCUCGAUGCGCCCAACUUUCACCUUUCCACUCAGCCGUUCGAUGAUUUCAAUCUCAGGAUCCCCCAAACCUACCACUACCCGGUUUUGGACCUCUCGGAGCCGGAUAGUAUCUUUACUUUCUCCAUGAAUUUCAUCUACACGAUGUCCAAAAUCGUCUGGUCUUGUUGUCGGAUUGACAUCUUUUCGGCCCCGGGUGCCGAGGAAUUGGACGAUUGUCUUCCGCUCGCGCUAGUUCCCAAGCAGGAUUCCUCUGGCCCGAAGGAGCCUGCCCGAGAGUAUAUUCCUGCGCCGAUUCACACGCAGACUGUCCCCGUGGAUGAUCCAUACUCGGCCAUCCCUACGUCGGAGAUGAAGGCUCUAAGGGAGAAGAUGGGCGCUUUUGAACCCGGGAGGGUGAGGAAGAGGACUUUCAAGAAACUCACCAACGUCGAGAUCCCCCAGGCACACCUCAACGAGUGGAAUUUCCACAUGAUGCCCCGGCUGAGGAAGCUUCUCCAAAAGAUCUUAAAAGAUUCAUCCGAGUCCUGCGGUGUUACUUUGAUGAUGACCGGGGAGUCGGUGGACAGUGCCAGGACGACGAUCUGUGUGACCUGUUGCAGCGCCAAGAAAGUCCGCGCAGCGCUCAAGAAAUACUUCGUGCUCGACCGGGAUGAUUGGGAUAUGUUAGUUCUUCGCGGAGACAUCCAACGGUCAAAGGUCCCACGCAAGAAGCGCCGCAAGCCGGCAAAGACUGGGCCUGGGAAUGACACGACUUCCACCGCAUACCAUGAUCCGAAUCCAUGCUAUCAACAACGGCCGCUAUGCGGCGCAUCAAUUGGUGCUUUCCUCAACGAGGAGCAUCUCCCUCCGGUGACUUACGGCGGCUCGGUCCUCGUGGAUGGCACACCAUAUGGAAUGACCGUCCACCACAUGUUGGAGUCACCCAGUGACCAAGAGGACGCCGAUGAACAAGAAGUCGACCCCGGUCCUCACCGGUCCGCAGGUCACUGGCCCCAGGGGUCGGUGGCUCAAGACCCAGAGUUCAUGUACAGCUGGUGUGAUGACGACCCGUCCGAGAUUGAUCUCGAGUUCGAAGUUUCUGAGGAUGAAGACCGAGAUGAUAUCUCUAUCUCGCAGAGCCUGGAAGGCAAUUAUGACGACUUUACCCUUUCGGACGACGGUUAUUCCUCAGAGGAGGAUGGUAUGCGCGAGUAUGAGGAUGAAGACUCAGCCUCGAUCGGCGACACGGCUGGCAUUGAGCCGGGUGAUGAACCUCCCUUGUUUGUCACUCAGCCCGCAAUCGACGAUGUAGACGAGAACUUUUUCCCGUGUCCUGAAGACCGCGACGACGAGCACCUCGCCUCUCACUCCUUUGGAUAUGUGCAUGCCUCAUCGGGCGUCAGACGCUGGACGAGGAAAGGGCUCAGACACGAGAUCGACUGGGCGUUGAUCAAGAUCAACGAGGAUCGAACCGACGCGCGCAACGUCGUAUACGAGAACCAGACACGGUUUGCACGCAGACCCGGCGAACAGGGAUCGUCGAUGUCGCAGAGACAACCGAUCUACCUCAACGACAUCGCCCGUCUAGAAGACCUAGGCGGCCUUCAGGUCCACAGUUGCGGGCGGACCACCGGAUUGCAAUCCGGACAGAUAUCCAAAGCUAUGACAAUCGUCAAGCUUCGCGGACGACAUACCUUCUCAACGAGCUUCUGCGUGGACGGGAAUUUCGGAAUCCCCGGUGACUCCGGAGCAUGGGUCUUCGAAAGGUCCACUGGUCGAGUCUGCGGGCACGUUCUCGCCUGGUCCGAAAAGACCCACACAGCCUACAUCGCCCCGAUGGAGAUCCUCCUACAAGACAUCGCCCGCACGCUCAACGCCUCCUACGUCUCCCUCCCCGGCCACCCAGACGAAUCUCUUGCCUACGCCAUGUCGCAGCAUCCCCAUCCACAUCCCCAUCCUCACCAUCCAUACUUCGAUCCCCACAACCCGCGCUACCGCGCCCCACCGCCCCUCCCAGAUCGCAUCCCCGUCGACAUCAGUCCCCUACGGAUCGACGACCCUGCUGCAAACAUGGGCCCCGUCCACACCAGCCGCGGCCUGCGCGAAGCCUCUUCUCCCUACCGGAGCAUGCCACCGAUAUUGACUCCGCCUCGCAGUCUGGAAAGACAGCUUGCGUAGACUGGAUCUGCUACUACCUUUCUUUUGAUAUUCCAUUUCUAUGUUACGAUACCACAUUAUACCCCCUUUUCUUACAUUUUGAACAUCGCCCUCCUGGUACUGCUCUGCUACUCCCUUGCACGGUUUCUUACGAUUGAGAUGAAUGUCCGGGAAACAAUACAGUGCAUGGAAUAAUGAAAACCCCUUUUAUGUGUCUUUGUUUUGGUCAUUCUGCCCAGUAUCUUGUCUCGCUGCCCUGUGGUUACACUACAGCCAAGCCAUCCAUUAUCUUGGUACUACCUACUACACGUAUGGUUAAAUAAGUAAAGGAUUGAGUCAGCACGCUCCACGUGUUGUGA